AUGGUUGCGGACAACCACUAUCCUCACAAAGACGAGCUCACCGUCACUCAACGGGAAAAAAUCAAAGAGCUCCGUACCAGGGCUCAGGACAUCCUUGCUCUGUAAGAAACUUUUCAAGAUCGUGUAAAAUUCCUUUUUUAGCUAUCCCGAAUAUGAUACGGAUUUCUCAAUGCUCCGUUGGCUCAUGGGAUGGGAUUAUAACAUUGGUUAGUCUCAAUUGAUCGAGUCAUCAGGAACGGAAAAUUGCAGAUGUUAUCCUGCCGAAGAUGAGACAUGCAGUGAACACCUUGAUCGGAUUGCGCCUCCACAAACAGAAAUUGAUGGAAAGAGAGCAAGUCAAUGAGUUCAUCAGAUCGCUGUCCAAUGCAACGGAGUUCUUCCCAGGUAUUCUUAUUGUGCUGAAACAUCUUUGCCGUGUUUUGUCAAAAUUAAUUAUUGUCAUAAAACGAUUUCAGGUGGCCUCAUGAGCCAAACGGAUAGAGGAGACGUUGUGUACAUGCAAGCCGUCGCGAAGGUUUCUAUCAAAAUCCGGAAGUAAGACAAAAAAAGUUUCCAGUGCCACCCUAAAACAUUGGUUAAAGCCGGUUCCGUGUCCGAGCUCUACCGUCUUUCAAUUGCCGAAACAGAAAUGGCUUUUAAACUUGUCCGGUAAUUUUUCAUCGAAAUGAGAAAUGACCUCUUCACUUUGUAGACGAGCGGAAGAGACGACAGGAAGGAAGCUUGGAGUGGUCAUCAUCAUGGAUUUGGACGGUUUCAGCAUGGAUUUGCUUUACACUCCUACUCUCAAAAUCUACUUGAACUUGCUGACUCUCAUGCAGGUUUUUUUCCUUAAAAUAAACGCUGAUAAGCAACGUUUUCCAGGAAAUUUUCCCGGACUUUGCUCGACGAAUCUUCUUAAUCAACUGCCCCAUGAUGAUGUCCACCGUGUACGCGAUGAUCUCGCCAGUUUUGUCGGUUCAGACCAGAGAAAAGGUGAAUAAACUUUCUGAACCUUUUAAAAGUGAUCAUGUUUAAAGGUGCGCUUCUUGGACAAAGAAUGGAAGAAGUUCCUUGCUGAAGAAGUUGGCUCAGCUCAUCUUUUCCCUCACUGGGGCGGAGAGAAAAAAGCUUCGAUUCCGACGGGAGACGUGCGGAUGGGUGGAAAAGUUCCGGAAAAAAUUUGGUGAGCUUUUAUUUCAGAAGUUCAAAUUAAAAACUUGUCUUGCAGGUACAAAGCCGACAGUCAUCCACUAGAGGCAGGAAAAACGAAAGUCAAUGUUGGAGCUCGAUCUCGUCAGGAGGUUGGUAGAUCUUCAAAUUCACCACAUCCGUCUCGAUUCAGAUCAAAAUGGCUGGACAAAAGGGAAAGAAAUUCCGAUGGCUUUGGACGAGUUCCGGCGACAUUGAUUUCAGCAUUGAGAAAGAUGGAAAAACGGCAAGCAAUUUUCUUUUUGAGCACCAUAUUCACUGAUAUCUUUCAGAUUUACCCUGUUUUCCGGUCCAUCACCGACUAUCAUCCAGAAAUUGGCAGUUUCGAUUGCGAACACGACGAAGAGCACGUUUUCGUGUUCAGCAAUGCUCACGGCAAAAUUUUCAGUAAGGAUGUGAAAUACAAAAUUGUCUUGGAAUGAUCGUUUUUGUUACUGUUUUGUACUAUAAUUACUACGGUUACUUGUUUGAGUAGAUUUUCCAAAAAGCUCGAAUUUCCACUGAAAACUGUAAACUUUGUUCACUUGCGGUCUUUUCCAUGCAUUUGACGAUUUCCGCAUUUUUUGAUUGCUCCGCAUCUGUGAUAGUCACGUGUUGCAUCAGUCUUAUCAGUUGUUGAACCGCUCCGGAGCGACCUUAUCUUCUUUUGAAGAAGUCCAUAAAGCUGUCGUUAAAAAAUUAGCUUCUGUUAUGACCACAUUUUGAUUGAAGCAUGGAAUUAAAAAAUUACGACAGAAAAAAAAACACGAAAAAUCUCGCUAUAACAUGCUUUGAGUCUACAGUUCCCUAAGAGAAAGACUGUGAUGUGAAUUUUCAAAGAAGACAAAUGAACUUGAUGAAAGUAUCCGCGAACUAACUGGCGGCAUCCGCCUUUCUUUUCAUUAACCGGGUCAUUUGAAAAGAUUCGCUUUCAUUCGAUACUCCUAGGUGGCGCAAUCGCUUUUCGGAGACUUUUCAACCCAGCACGACCGUCUCAGCACCUAUCACAUCCCCAUAAAUUAUCUUCUUUUUUCGGUUUGGCUAAUUGUUUCUACAGAAAAUAGUUCGAAGUCUUCGUGCGAGCCAUUUGGGAAAGUUUUGAGAUAAUUUUACUGGUAGACGAUCAGAAGGACCAAUUUUUUUGGUUUUUUUGUGAAGCGCCAGAAGAUUUCAGUAUAUUCAUAUACAUAUGUAAAUCUAUGCACUAUAUCAAAAGUUGCGUUUUUCAAAACUUCAAAUCUGUUUCCGUCGGAAAAUUUGUUUUUUUUUCUCAAUUUUACCAGUGAAGCUCCGUUCUAAGACACCUUGAAAUUUCGGCUUUGAUAGGCAAAACGAAGAACUUUCCUGCUGAAGUGGAAAUUGUCGAAUAUACAUGAUCAUCAUUUUUUGGUUGAUGGAAGAUCUAAUUUGAUCUCCAUAUUAAACGAGAAUUGAAUGAAGCUUCUUUGUAGUUGACGACUUUUUUUUUAGAUAAAGCUGUCUCGAUCGAACAAAACCUGAUAAACUUGAUAAAAUCCCAUGAAUGAAUUUUUCAGCCACCUCUAUUUUUGCUGGAAAUCUCUUUGAAUCCUCAGCCUGACGUUAAUCAAUCACAGCUUUUUUUUUCUCCUGACAGCAGUAAGAGUGAGAAGAGAAAGCGGAGUUGGAGUCUAUCCGAACCUCCGUGGGUUGUCCCAAAUCGCGUCCGCACUCUGAUUCUCCUUAUCAGCGGGAGAUGAUGUUUACGUGGAUCUGACCGCGUUCCUCCAAGUCCGAGACGACUCAGCGCUCGUCGCCGCCCAGCUUGGCUUGUCUGCAGCAGGAGUUGUUACUUAA